UGAACACUUACGAACUUGAAGACAAGCUGUGCUAAGCAAGAUAUUAAAAAGAGUAUGGGCAUGUAGGAGCACUAAUUAUGAGACAUUACAAGGUGUAAAUGGGAAAAUUGAGUUGCAGCAUGAAGCUAAAUUCUUCAUUAUACCAUCUUGGCAGAAAAUUCCAAACUAAUUACAAGAAAACUGGGAAUCAAUUCCCUGCUUAAGGAAUGUCAACACUGAAUAGGACUGAUAUUU